AUGAGCUACAACCGGCCACCCCCCCAACCCACUCCCAACCCCGGCGGCACCCAGUAUAAUGUCCGCGACGCAGCUCUCCUCGGCGCGUCCUCCGCCUUCUCCAAGCCUCCCGUUAAGCCAAAGCCGAUAGGCCAAACCUAUACUGGGGGUGGGAAUGGGGCAUUGACGGCUGCAACAAGAGCAGGAGCAUCACAUCAGUCGUCGCCCGUACAGAAGCAAUGGACGGGAGGCAGCUAUCAGUCGCAGCCGUCUCCUUUACCGUGGUCUGUCAAGUCGAAUGGCUCUAGCAUUCUGGAGCUCCCUCCUGACCCUCAUUCGAAUCGAGCCUCGUCACCCUCGAACAUCGCUGCAAAACUCGCCGCGGCACGGAGCACCCCCUUGAAAUCCAAACCCGAACCUGCCCACUCCUAUUUCACACCGCUGAAAGCUAGCGAUACGGAACACGAGGAUAUACUGCCUCCCGCCGGGAUGAUCGGGGAUGCCAAGGCACGGCUGAGUCUGUCAGCUGGCAAGCCUCAGCCUCAGUCCAGGCAUGACAGCCACGAGUCGAGUGUACCCAUACCCCAGGAUUCGAGGCGGAACUCAGAGAAGACCAAGGCAACGGACGAUGCUUCUAUACUGCCUACCAACUCUCUGGUCCAGAUGUUCGAGCAAGCACGCGCCAAGACCCCUACCACCUCAUCGAGUACCACCUCUGUUCUGACGUCUAGAGGUGCACCGCCGCCUGUAAAGUCACCAAAGCCACAAAGGAAAAUUCCAUUCGCUAUCCCGGACGAAGCUGCGUCCUCAGCAGAGCAUCACAGCAUUCAAAAUACAAGCAAUACGGCCGCCAAACCAAAACCAAAGCUACCCGAGUUAACCACUACUAAGGCUGGUGUAGGACGUCCGAAGCCUCCUACUCCGCGAAGGCCUCGACCAAAAUCGCAAGAAAUCAACACGUACCAUUCUCCUAGGUCCUUGACUGGUUCUCUUGAUGAGGAAACCCGUUCUUCGAGGCCACGAUCAGUGUCCAUAAACGGGAAUGAUGAAAACGACUCAUCGCCUACGUCGUUCACUUCGGCACCAGAAACGCAAGCAGAAUUAAAGUCGAAACCCAGCCUUCCACCGCCGCGUCGAAUCGGAACCCGUAAACCUGAUAGCAGAUCAGAGUCAAGUUCAAAACCACUCGCUCCUAAAGUACUACCGCGAUCCAAUACGGCAGCUCAGGUUGGCCGUCUGACUGCACCGCCAGAGACAUUCCCACCGCCUCGCGCUACGGCUGCCCUCACGUCUCAAAGCUCCGGGUCGUCCAUGUACCACUCAAACUACCAACGCGCUUCCCUGCGCCAAAUGACGCCCCACAUCACCGGUGAUUCCCUCGCGAAUGCCAUGGUGGGCGCCGCCCUCGCCUCCUCUCGAAAUGCAUCGCCCGCACCAUCUCGCUCUCCCCUUCCACCCCUACCUAUUCGCAAUCAACCACCCAAGAAGCAUCACCAUCACCCCUUCCAUAGCUCCCGAUCGCCAUCUCCGACCAAAUCAAAGCCUGGACCAGGCAAGCUACGCACCACUAUGCGCAAAGAAUCCACGUCCUCUGAAAGCGAGGACUCUGACGAGCGCUACAAGCGCAAGGGCAAACGUGUUCUUGGCAUGGGCCGCAAGCACCCGAACAAGCAUCACGAAGGCGACCGCAAACGUUGGCGCGACGUCAUCACCGAAUGCGAGCGAAAGCGAUACGAAGGCGUGUGGGCUGCGAACAAGGGCUUAUUCAUUGUGCCUGAUACCUCGAAAUCGCCCUCCCCGAACCGGGUCGAUGCGGAUCUUGACCCUGCGUGGGACGUGCACGCCCUUGUUGUGAGAGAUGUCUGGGCUCGUAGCCGUUUGCCGGAGCAUGUGCUCGAAGAAGUUUGGAAUUUGGUUGACUCCAGGGGAAUAGGGAGGUUGAGGAGGGAGGAGUUUGUGGUCGGCUUGUGGCAUGCCUCGGCAAACACGCAAUACAGAGGACACCAGGGCCCGGCGCGGUUCUUCGACUCCGCGGAACAAGAGGCAUUUGCUGAAGCCCGAGUCUCGCGUUGGCUUCGGGAUAUGCCUAGCGUACCAUCUACAGAACCACAGCCUCCAUUGUCUGCUCCGCAAUUCAAUCCCGCGGCGCCAUCUAUACCCACGCUCUCUCCAUCUCUGCGACAGCACCCGACCGUUCACACUGGCUUCAUCACCCGCAAUGAGCUCGACGCGCGGCGCCCUGAUCUACCCCAACGCCUACAUGGUCUGGCUGGAUUUUCUUUGUGGGCAAAGCACGACAAGACGUUCAAAGCCCGAAAAAUGGAAAAACGUACUGCUCGACCAGGCCAGGAGCCGAAUGGACUUUCAGAACCACGCCCUGUGGAGACCCAUCACUAG